CUCUCAUUUUGCACUCGUAUGGCUCUCGGCAAAUUAUGCACUCUCGUCCAUGGAAGUCAUUCACAAAACACUCUACCACAUACACAGACACAACCAUCGUGUGACAUACGUUAACUCAUAGCGCAACAGCAGGCAGAGUCUGUCGGUCUCUGAUGAAAUGAACUGCGUCAACAUCGACCAACCCUCAAUCAUGCGACAAACAUGUCAGCACCAUCCUCAGCGCCCGCCUGGCGUAUCUUCUACCGGCGCCGCCCACCACGCACACACAUACUCGCACUACGCGCCAACGCAACAGACAGCCGAGCACGAACCCACCCCAUCACCUGGCCAUACGACUUUUCUGCCCACGCAGCCUUGGUGCGCAGCUUCUCAACUAGGCGGCUGAAAAAACCAUUGGCCUCUCUGCCCCACACACCAUGCACGGUGACGCACAAGGGGGUGAAGUGAAUGAACUUGUCCUCGCACAUACGCCUGUGGUGGGCCUUCUUGGCUUUGGCCUUGUUCUUGAGGAUGGAGGCGGUGGAUUGCUUGCGGUAGGACGGUGCGUCAGCGUUUGUCACGCAUAAGUCGAACGACACGUCCUUCUGCCUCUCCCACACCCCUCUCACCACCAUGUCCGUCCGCACCCCCUUCUCCCCCUCCUCGGGCUCCACAAUCACCACCUCCUUCCUGACCGCCGACUCGCCCCAAGCCUUGGCAAAAAGGUCGCACAGCACGUCCACCACCUCGUUGUGCCACCGAAUCACCAACCCACCCACCCCACAGUUGAGGGCGUGGUCGAGCGAAUAUACAGCCCCGCAGCCGUCACAGUGGGUGGGCAUUUUGGGAGGUUCAUAGGCGUACCGGAUGGCCAUGUUGUCGCGGAACUCGUCAAGCGUCAGGUCGGUGUGGUCCUCUGCGUUAGGCCGGCAAGUCACCCACCCGGCCGUCUUGGCGUCGAUCGCCCGGUGGACCGCCCGUCGUCUCUCUGCGGGCAGCUGCUGAUGGCCGUCCUCGAAGCGCUCCCUGGCUGCCUCAUCGGUCGCCAGCCGCCCCUCCUUGACCGCUUGCUGCAU